CACCAACACCACCAUCCACGUUCUCCCAUCCGACGACAUGACAAAGUACGUGAUUGCUAUAGGCCAAACGGCUGUCAGGUCAGCGUCAUUCGUCCAACGACCUUGCACGUUCGUUCCACAUUUUCAAAUAUUCUUUUCGAAGACCCAAUUAGCUGGGCGGGAAAUUGGUAUAAGAGGUUGAUGGGAGGAUAAAAGAUUCUUCGGGUGUCGGUCAUGGUCUCUUCCGUCUUCAAGGUCGUUGUAGUGCUAUCUGUGCAGUCUGCGGUUUGGGGUCUUCCAGCGACUCUCAGCACUACGCAGACCACGUUCGAUAUCCAGGGUCAUCGAGGUGGAAGAGGAGAAACGGUUGAGAACACUCUCCCAUCUUUCGCUUGGGGGCUCAUAGAUGGUGUCGAGACACUCGAGCUUGACAAUGGCAUUACGAGGGAUGGCCAUGUCAUUGUCUGGCACGAUGAGAACAUCGACCCGACCAAAUGCAAGGAUACAGCACCUGCGUUCCUAGACGACCCUGAUUACCCAUACGUUGGGAAAUUCAUCGCCAAUCUGACUUUAGCUCAGAUCAAGACUCUUGACUGUGGUUCUGAACGGCUGUUGACCUUUCCCUUACAAACUACCUAUCCGGGCACAAAGCUUUCUACACUGGAAGAACUCUUUUCGUUUGUUGAAUGUUUUGACCCAAAGCACACCGUCAAGUACAAUAUCGAAUCUAAGGUCAACCCCGUCAGCACAAAUCAGACUCGUGGACCGAACGACUUUGUUAGAUUGCAGCACGAACAAUUUAAGAAGAGCGCCUACUACCACCGGAUCACAUACCAAAGCUUUGAUUGGAGGACGUUGGUCGGCAUGAAGGCUCUCGAUCCUAAAAUUCCAACCGCUGCCCUUGUUGAUGGAACCACUACCUUUGGACCGGACAAUACGACUUCUCCAUGGCUUGCUGGAAUUAAAUUGGAUCCCUCGUCUAAGGAAUCUAUCGGCGUCCAAUUGGCGGAUGCAGCGAAUCAAAUUAAAGCUGACAUCCUUUCUACCGCUGACAUCGCCCCUGGCAGUGCAACUGACCCUACUCAGCUGGGAUUCGUUCCAUUCACUACCAAGGAGAUGAUUGUUAGGGCACAUCUGCACGGGAUGACGGUCAAGCCUUGGACAGUCGACAGGAUGAAUGUUGCAGAGCAGUUGAUGGAAUGGGAAGUAGACGGUAUCAUCACCGAUUUUCCGACUCAGCUUCGUCGUAUUGUGCAGAAGAAAGGAUUGCCAGUCACGCCUCGCAGGUUUGACGAGAAGAAAGUGUUGAGGUGCCUGGACAAGCAUCGUCAGACAGUCUAAUAAACUUUGCCAUGUAGUACGGGACUAGAAAAUCGAGAAGUAAAGAGUGUUAUACCUC